AUGACUGAAGAGGAGAGAGAACAAGAGAAGCGCGAGAUACUGGAAAAAUUUGGACCGAAUGCCGGUGAGAUCCUGAGAAAGGCAAGACUUGCGAGAGAGGGGAAGCUGGCAUCGUCAGAGCCACCUUUGACUGACAACAAGGCUAGUGAUCACACUUCGACCAAUUCAACUCCUGCUUCGCCGAGAGUAGAUCGCGUACGAGAGGGAAGGACAGCACGCUCUGUCAGUCCUCCUUCUGCAAUGUCUAGGCCUGGAACGCGACCCUCUAGUCGAAUCGACCGCAAUGUCCGCUUCGCAGAAGUUACUUCUGAUGAUAUCUACGUCUACGAGUCUGCACCCCCUUCACCGAGGAAGAAAGCCCUCGCCCUCCCUGCACCCACAGAGUCUGAUGGCCCAACCAUCUCUCUAGGCAAGUGGAAGGGCGGGGCCAGUUCUGCCAUUCGCCGACGAGGAUACGAGAAUCUGUCAGACGAAACACGGCUCGAGUCCAAUGGUGAAGCUGGUUCGCCCGGUAUUUUAGAGCUACUGGAGGAAGGAACGCCAGAAGAUAUCCGUCGACGAUUCUUCCCACAGGCACCCGCUCACGACCCCUCUCUUGCCUGGAUCGAGGGGCCGACCUCUUCUGAGCCAUCCCGAUCUUCGGAACUACGUUUCGAUCUAACGGGCACACCGAUUCCCCCAGCCUUAUCUGCCACCCUCCCAACAUAUCUCGGAUUGCAUCAUCAUGCUGAAGGCGAUCGAGCGGGGUAUACCCUCGAGGACAUAUUGCUGCUGUCUCGUUCCACCGUGCCUGCUCAAAGAGCAUCUAUGCUCGGCAUUCUCGGACGCAUUGCGAAGAGACUGGGAAGGGCAUGUCGGGGGGAUGCGAACGCGGUGAUGCCGGAGCUCGCCGGCCAGGAGGUGAAAAUUCGCAAACGUAUCCUAGCUGCCGGCGUCGAGGCUAUGACAGAACGGGGUAGCCUGGGAGCUAGAGCGGUGGAAGUUAUGUGGGAGUGUAUAGUCGGCUGGGAUGAAGGGGUCAUUUCCAUUGAGGGCGUCGAGCUGCAGGACGCUUCGAGAAGUGGUGUCUCAUCGGAAAAUAUUUCUACAUCCGACAGUGGGGAUCCUCUCUCCUCUUUGCCGCUAGACUACGUCCUCGCACAGAUAUCAAGCGCCUUUGCUACGGCCGCUCUUCCAGCAGGGUCACUCGCGCAGCUCUUGGCCAUCCUUCAUCGUCUCGCCCAGCAUACGAAUGUCAUCGCUACCAAAAUCACCACUACGCCCAGCCUCGUCUCGAACGUCGUGCAGACAUUUCUCCUUACGCCAAUCCCGCCUAGGGAGGAUUCCCCGCUUCCCGAUCCGUUUGCACUUCAGGUGCUUGCCACGCUAGCCCUCGCGUCUCGCGAGAACGCCUCGGCACUCCUCGGUCCUGCAGACGCCCUGCUCCGCUUCGUGACCAUUCUUCCUGCUGUGUCGCCUUUCUCCCUUCCUCUUUCCACUGCUUUGCUCACGGGAACGCUCCAGCUAUUCAUUAUAUUCGCAUCAUAUGGUCUCUACGCCCACAUUAGUACCACUGCCUCGCAGCAUUUCUCCCUUCUCAGCCGGUACGUACUAUCGGAGGAAUGCCGCUCAAGACAGCUCAGAGAGGUUUGGCUCCGGCUUCUAGAGGCUUGGAUGGUGUGUUCGAGGGACCCGCACCAUACGACACCUAGCCAUGAAAUUUUAUGGAGCCAGGUCGUAGGGUGGGGCUGGCCCGACGACAUCGCGGAGAUGAAAGGAAGACUGACAGAGCAGGACACAUUACUAUGGGCGGCUCUGUGGAGAGCAGAAGCUGCGUGGCUCGAAGGCGCAAGAGUGAAUGGGAUGCGGAGUGGCGAAGACGAGCGAGCGGCUGUCGUCCUCGCCGUCCGUGAUGGCUUCCAGGAUGGCCCAGAGAAGCUCGCAGUGGAAAGAUCCGGCGCGAUAUUGAGCAAUGUGCUAGCGGAUUUGGGCAAAGACGGCGCUCGUCCCCUUUUGGUCACAGACAUAUUACAUCUCCAGACGCUUGCGGAGCAUGCAGAUGUCCUUGCGGCUGCGCUGCGGCUUUGGCUCUCGUGCGUCCCGUCCCAUAUACCUGGACCUUUGGAGUCUUCCCCUUUCCUAUUACCAUUUGCCCAGCUCUCCGAGCUAUGCGCCCGGAUUACAACGCAUGCGAUUUGGCAAUCUAUCUUCGCGCAAGGAUCAAUUUCAUAUGCCCACGUAUUUUGCAGACCACUGUCGAGGCUGCUGGCGUGCUAUCUGGAGCUGUCUCGGAAGGUACCCGGGACGACCGAAGACCUCUGGAUUGCCCAGGCGUUCGCUAUCCUCUGCAGAUUGAUGCCUGGCGACGAGAAGCUGGCCCAGCAUGCCGUCUCAGAGAUGGUGGACCUAGUCACGCCUGAAUUCGUGAACCCCCGCGGAUGGAACGUCCCUCCCGUGAUCUGGGCGAAGGGCGGUCUUAAGGUGAUAAAGCCCUUCUUGACGUUCGCCCUUCAGCCGAAGAACGACUUUUGCGUUGGUCCUAUUUGGAUGUCUCCCCACUCGAUCUCGACCGCUACGACUCAGAGAUUGCCACCUGCACCGACUGUUUCUCCCGACAGUCGACGCGAAGUCCCACUACCUCUACCUCGAGAUUGGAUGUUCAGUCCUCUUGAUCACCUCUUGCGUUCGGGCGAGUCCGAGGUUUUCAAAUCUAUGCCAUCGUGGUGGGAUGCAUCGGAAACAGAGGUUGUCAGGGCCACAUUGCUCCUAGCGAGAAUAGGCCGUGAGGUGCUGCACCUUAAUUCGCUGGACAACUUCGUCAUGAACCGCGAGGAGACUAUUUUUGCGUGCAUGAAGGUCUUCAUGCUGGAGCAUGGCCAACAGCAAAACGAUUCAAUGGAGGAAGUCUUCCGUGAUAGGCUCGUUGAGCAGGCCAUGGAAGAUUUGGUCACCCCAUUUGUGGCCGCUGCUUCGACGACAUCGCUCUCGCUGCCCCCAGCUUCGGACACAUUUGCGCAGCCAACUUUAGAGUCGAUAGCAGCUCGCUUCCUCGGGCCGUCGACGCCAUUCUAUCAGUUCUACACUGAUUUCGUGGGCUUGUACGAUGCUAUAUCCUUCUCGCACCCUCUGUUUGCUCGCCUGCUCCUGCCACCAGUGUCAAUGCGGUAUCCUCCAGACUUUCGCAAGCACCUGUGGGCCGACUAUAACCACAUAGUAAAGACCAUCCGUGCGCCUCCUGAGGCAGUCAUCACGGCUAAUUUGGGCGAAUAUCUUUGGCCGGUUGAGACAGAUACGCAGAUGAUCACCGCUUAUUUACGCGCCCUUAUGAAUGGUUCAUUGGACGGAUUCGUCCGUCUGAUAGCAAUCCAUCAUAUCGCAUGCAAUAUCUGGCCUGAUCUUCACGAGGGAGAAGAUGAAAAAGCGGAAAAGCUCCUCCUGGUGGUCGUUGACCAGACUGGAUUGGAGGUGGUCCGCGAAGUAGUGCGCUAUAGGCAAGCGAAGGAAGGCACAAUCCUCCUUCCCCCUGCUUGCUAUUCGCAGGAGGGCAACUGGCAGAUGUCGAGAUUGGCUUUCGUACAGCAGCACGGGGGUGACGCUUUGCGAGAGCGAUUGGAAGGCUUAUUGCAGAAAAGUCCAAGCUAG